AUGGCUGGAGAUGGUAUUGCACCCGCAAUUGGUAUUGACCUUGGAACAACUUAUUCUUGUGUGGGUGUUUGGGGAAAUGGCCAAGUGGAAAUCAUACCCAAUGAUCAAGGUAAUAGGACAAUGCCAUCUUGUGUAUCUUUCAGCGAUACAGGUCGUUUCAUUGGUGAAGGUGCUAAGAACCAGCUUUCUAUAAACCCUACCCACACAAUCUAUGAUUCGAAAAGGUUGAUCGGAAGGAGAUUCAAUGAUGCCAAACUUCAGGAAGACAUGAAGUUAUGGCCUUUUGAAAUUAUCAAAGGGAGUAGCGACAUUCCGAAGAUUGUAGUCGACUACAAUGGUGAAAAAAGGGAAUUUUUUCCUGAGGAGAUUUCAUCCAUGGUUCUUAUGAAACUCAAAGAUGUUGCAGAAGCAUACCUAGGUGAUACAGUGAUAGAUGCAGUCAUCACUGUUGUAACAGCCCGGAAUUUCAGAUCCUGA